AUGCCACCCACCAUUUUCUUUUCCCAUGAGAAGCCAAAGGAUAGCGCAAGAAUGAGUUCAAGGCAUCGUCCAUUACAUGCAUGUGGAGUCUCUAUCUUUGCAAUUGCUGACAUUGCAUUUGGAAAAACACAAGAUAUGAAUGGACCAAUAGGUUCAACUUUGAGAAGGGUAGCAAAGUUAGCCAAAUUCUUCACCCCCCUCAUCUACGCCAUACAAUACCAAUGGCUAGCCAUUCUCUCUUUCAUUGAUGAUCGCAUUCUAGCAGUUGAAAACAUGACCGAGAAAUUGUUUCCACCUUCAACAUAUGUGUUUGACAAAGUUGAUGAAAUUGUGCUAAUGAUACUGUCCCUGCCUGAAAAUUUUGAUGGUGUAGUGAACGAGUUUCCUACAAUAAUCCACAAAGUCCCAUUCUUAGAAUGGGCUCUGACCCAUGUCAUCAUCUCCAGUUUGAAUAGUUUGGUUUCUAUGUUAAACAAUUGGGGGCAUGAAAAUUCAAGGAUAAAUGAGAAAACAAUAGGUGUUGAUAGCAAUUGCAAUGAACAGCUAGAAGGGUACCUACAAAUGGAUUCUUCAGAUGUUAUUAACAGUAGUGUGGAUAUGGAAAGCUUUCCUCCUAUAUCAGACGCUGAGAUUAAAGAGGUUCAUGACAUGGCAGUGUCGAGUCACAUGAAAGGGACAUAUAAGGAAGCAUUAGAGGCUGUGCCGAGUAACAUAAAAGGGUCAUACAAGGAAGCAUUAGAGAAAGGGAAGGAAGAGAAGAUGGAGAAAGAGUGGAAGAGUAGUGAGGAAAAGAUUGAUAUGGAUGAAGGAAGUGAGAAGAAUGAUAGAAAUAAUAAAGAAGGAGAGUACGAAAGUAUUAUGACAAACCAAGUUGGAACGAACGAAAGCAUCAAAAAUGAUUCUCUUUUGGAAUUGUUCGAGUCUGCAUGGCUCAUGAAACCUGGCCGUUACUAG